AAUGAAGUCUUCUUGACAUCAGCACAACAUUCAUUUAAUCAGACAAUGACACUCAUGUCAUUCCAUCAGGCAACAACUUCAACGGUAACAAGAACAGCUGUACAGCGUGCACUCGUGCUGCCUGAAAUCAGAUCACAGAUUGGGUACUUCUUGCUUGGCUGUAAUAGGGAUCUUAUCGCAUGCAUGCUCGUUUGCAAGGCCUGGAAGGUGGAUUUUAGACGAUUACUCUUUCUUGAUCUCUCACUGACAAAGCGGACGUUUGGGCCAAUCCUGCUGCCACUGCAAUGGCGGUCACACAGCACACAUACGCUCUCACUGUCGAUUGAAGAACCAACCUUGAUUCCUCGGGGAAACAAAUUAAUUAACAAGGGGUACCGUCAAAACAACAGAAGCCCUGUCUUUAAAAAUAACUGCCCCAGUGACAUGAGUCAUGAGCAAGUCUCCCUUCGUUCUCCGGAUUAUAACAUGGAUCCUGCAACCCACUGCCCUAACUUACUGCAUCUCACUGUCAGACUCAACUCAAAACUACUUCCUCUGUGCUGCUGGACCAGAAGAGACGAAUGGGUUGAAGUAGGCGAAGAUGGUGUAAUUCAGGACGAGAGAAGUACACAGAAUCAAGAGGCUCUAUUCAAGACCAGCGUCGUGGUCCGAUAUGAUAGACAUCAGGAUGCAUUUCUUGUAAAGACCAGCAAUCGCAUUUUAUCACUACUACAUCAUCAUCCGCGACUACAAACCUUUCGUUGGAUUGGAGUUUCAGACACUCAUAUGGACCAGUUGGGUAAAUAUUUGUUGACAAAGCAACUUCAGCUGGUAGACCUGCAGCUGGAGCAGCUAAAAGCAUCUGUGACAGAAUUGAAUUGCAUCAUUUCCAACUGUCCAAAGCUACGUAGACUUCAUCUCAAGACUCUUCAUCUUGAAAAGGAACCAAACUGGCCAGACAUAACCACAGGGGACAAAAAUGAGUCAUCAAUGCAUCUAUCAACAUUGUUCAGGAUGGCUUCAUUGACGAACUCGGAUUUAACGACAUCUUUAGUACAGUUCGGACAGCAAACAGUGCAACAGGAACAGCAAGAACAGCAAAACACAACACUCGCCAUCCUUAAUCUUCAACAAGUCCGAUAUUUGACGCUUGAGAGCCCUCACUUCCCUCUCCUGCAGCUUUGCAUUUAUGCUCCAGCGCUAGAAAAGCUUUGUCUAUCUAAUUGUCACUUCCCUACCAGUUUCAGCCACGCUGUUGGAGCAAACUCCAGCCAACAACAAGAAAAUCUUGAUCCCGAUUUUGAUCCAUCUUCUUCAUCUUCGCCUCAUUCACCUGAAUUCAGUGUGUUUUGGAACUGUCCUCAGCUUCAAACCUACAAACACGAAGACGGGAGCAUACUGCCUAACUUAUUUGUUAAGGGCCUUAUGGAAUCCUCUCGCGAGAAUCUACACUCGGUUUCGUUGAUAUCCUAUACUGUCGAUCAGGAUUUUGUCACUGAGCUAAUUAAUCAUGACCAUUAUCGGGUGUUGACUCAUCUUGAUCUCCACAGUAGCACUUGGAUUAAGAGCACAGAUAUUCAGUCAUUAUUAUGCCAUUGCAACGAAUUGGUCGACUUUACGGGCCCACAAAAUGUUCUUUGGGGCGAAGAUCUGGUGGGUUCCCCCAUGUCGUGGGCAUGCUUAAAAUUAAAACGACUUCAACUAUUGGUUUGCAUGGCACGGCCAGAUUCUGUACUGUGGGAACAGAGCGUGCAACAGGGCCAGACCCACGAACCUUUGGGAUUCCCAUUGCAACGAAUCUUAGGGCCUGAAGCAGCAACUAGGUUUUUAUUAUCAGGGAAGGUGACCUUCGACCGUUAUUUUCAGCAGCAAACUCAAGUGGGCCGAUCGCUUGAAUACGUGGGAAAGGAUGAAGAAGAGGAAACGAAGAAGCAAGCAGAACACGGACAAGAAGCAAAAUCAGAUGAGUCCAUCACGCUAAAAGAUAUUCAGUUGGCGAUCUUUCAGCAGCUCCACAAGUUGACACAACUAGAAUUUAUUGAUCUCACAGGUGGAGGAUCAAUGUCAUUUCAUUUCUUGGUCGAGUAUCCACGCGGAAUCCCAUGGACCCUCCAUGCUGGGCUUGAUGAAUUGAAGAAUCUUGUCAAGAUGAAAGAACUUGUUGUUACGGGAUGGGAGGACCAGAUGACAAGACGGGAAGCUCAGUGGUUCAGACGCCACUGGCCUGAUUUGAGAGCGAUUAUCAAUAAAAGCAGCAACUCGGUGAUACAGGGCCAUCAAGAGCAAACUCAAAGUCAUCUAUUUAGUAAUGGGGAUGAAGCAAUAGUAGCGUCAGAGGACAGACAUGUAGGGUCGUCUGCUGCGAGUAGAGCCGUGUUUGAUAACGAUGAAUGCAAGCCAAAUGAGAGCCAGGUCGUUGGUUGGCUUGCGUUCGAGAUCUGUCUGGCACAGGAGUGGCCAGAGCGCUUUUCAAGGACCAAUGGGAUAUGAUGUUAAUUGAUAGAAAACUUUUUAUUUAAUACUAUUAUUAUUU